AUGGCUUCGACAUCCCAAGAACAACCGCAGAAUGGCGCUGCUGUAGACCCGGCCCAGGCCCCGGUCACAAGGACUGAGCUUCCCCUUCGUUCAAAGAGCAACAUGUCUAUUCCCCCGCCGGGCCAGUCCCUGACGGGAAAGCAAGAGCAUUACCUCAAGCGCGAGCUCGUUUCCGAGCAAGUCAAGUACGAAAUCUCGGAGCUCAACUCCCCCACGGCCCUCAAGCGAUUCGGCGCCCCCUUCAAAUCCGACGUUGGAGAGGUCUCCCCCCUCGACUCAGAGCUCCCCAUCCUGCGCUACAUCUUUGUACACCAUGUUCGCGAUUUCCCUUUCCUCGACAAGGCCAGGGAGAAGGAGUUUUGGCAAGACAAGCUCCAAGUAUUCCUAGAAUCUUUUGCUACGAAGAACAUCUCAUCCUCCGAAGACAGACUCGAAGAGACUAAGCGGCGCAAGUUGGCUAUAAAAUGUCAGAAGCUCGUUGAGCUGAUGAUGGUGUCCGGCUGCAAGACUUCCUCCGGCUUUGAGGAAAGGAUACGCUUUUCCGAGAUUGAAGUUGUCGACAGCAAUGCCAUCGACACGGGCGUCAUGCAUGCGUUGCCGGAAGGCAACUAUAUCAAUGGCUGGGAUGUGAACAUUGCUGCCGUUCGAAUCACGUCCGAGAGGAAGACCAUCCGGUCUCACAAGCACGCUGAGUUCAUCAUGCGCAUCCACCGAAAGGGUGAGCUCGAGUUCUUCAUCGGUAGAAGAUAUAGCGAUUUCGCCAGGUUACAUAAGAGACUACGCCUCGAAUUGCCGGGCAAGGUUCUGCCCACUCUGCCGAAGAAGAACAAGUCGGAUACGACGACUACUGGUCUGUUCUCUUCUCUGGCCGGAGGUGGAAGCCCGGAUUCUUCUGCCUCCUCGGUGUCUUCUGUUUCGACCAUGAUGACUGGUCUUCCUCCUCACGAAAAGGAACCCCAUUCCAAGUUUGUAGGCCACAAACGUGCCAGCUCUACCACUUCGGGCCGCAACUCACCGCGUGUGUCAACGGACAGUAGGCCCAAGAGCCCCCUGCCAUUCCUCGGAGGAAAGAAGAACGAACAGGUGACGCUGUGGCGUGAGAGCCAGCGUGUGUCUCUCAGAGCAUUCAUCCGCACAUUGCUCUCGAACCCCCAGAUUGCGCAAACCAAGGCCAUGGAGGAGUUCCUCACUAGGGACCAGAUCACGCCGACGGACGCCGACAUUGACGACAUUGAGCGGAGAAAGGCAGUCGAUGCCAUGCGUGUGGAAGAGCAGAAGAAGUUUUACGAGGUAGCAAGGAAACGCGCUGCCGAGCUCGACAUCUAUAUGGAGGAGUUCCGUCAAGAGAUUGUCGAGCGCAACGGUCUUACGUCACUGUUCAAGGAGAUCAAGGAAAAGGAGACUAUCCAGGACCUGAGCAUUCAGUACCGAAAGUUUGCCGAGUGGCUUCGGAUAGAGGUCGCAGCCACGAUCUACCAUCUGUUCCUCGCUGAAGACAACUCUCCCGAGCUUUUCGCCCAAGCCAAGAGGAUCCACUCGCUCAUUCCUUACACCGUCAUCAAGAACGUUAUCAGAAUUGCGAACCCAGCUGCUGUCAUGUCCGGUGUCUUGGACGUGUUCCUGGCGCAGCCUUUCGGCACCCGUUCGCUCCUCCAACGCAUCUUCUCUUUGACUCUCAACGACGGCAUCAAGAGCUUCCAAAAGUCUAUCGACACGCUCGGCGCUAAGAUCGGCGAUGCGGCCUUCACUGGCAAGCUCAAGAUGUACACCGAGGCCGAGGAGCACAUCAAAUUUGCCAUCAGGGAGGAGGCGGCUGCUGAGGAUAUCGACUUGAUUGUCGUGAUCCUCCGCUCGGAUUACCUUGAGCCCGGUCUUACCUCGGAACAGAUUGGCCGACUCUACAACGCCUAUGUUGCUUUCAACAACGCCGUUGAGAACAUCGACGAGGAACUCAAGCAGGGUGCUCAGCUGUUCUCGUACCUCAAGCAGUACCUGAAGCUUUGCACAAGACAGCACGACAAGGCCAUGAUGCUGCAGUUGGUGGAGCAGCCGGUCACACUUCAGCUGUUCAGAGACCUCUUCAGCAUUUUCUACGAACCCUUGGUUCGGGUCUACAAGUCGGCAAACGUUUACAGCAGUGUCACUGACUUUGCUGUGUUCAUUGACGACAUGAUUCAGGUUGUUGAGAAAUGCCAGGAGCAGGACGCAUCGGCAGACCCGAAUCAGACCGUGCAGGCCUUCAUUGAUCUCUGCCAGAGACACGAGCACAACUUUUACAAGUUUGUGCACGAGGUCCACACCCAUGACAACGGCUUGUUUGACCAGCUGAUGGGCUGGAUCGAGGACAUUUUGGAGUUCCUGAGAAAGGGCCCCAAGAAUGGCACUUUGAAUGUCAAUGCGCUCUUCGAGGGAGGUGUUAGCUCUGGUGCCAUUGAUAAGGCCAAGGUCAUCGAUGAGGUUAACCAACUCAUCUCGUGGCAAGAAGCCAGGAAGAAGUGGCACCACGACAAGACACGACAAAAGAUGGCGGCUGAAGGCAACGGAGGCCCCGACCUGGUCCCCACUGGCUUCUCUUCUUCCGACUUUGGUCUUGACAAGAUGGACUUGGAGGACAUGGCGUAUGAUGAAGACGACGACGAAGACGAAGACGAGGCCGAGGAGGAAGACGAGCUCGACCCUAUCGAGGCCGAGCGCCGUCGCCGGGCCAAGAGACGCGAUAGGCUCCGUCGGAGCGCCGGCGAGCCGGCCAAGCCGCCCGUGUCCGAGGUUCACAAGCUCAAGGAAAACUUCCUUGUCAUGUUGCGCGAGGUUCUUGCCCAGUAAGCUUUUAGAGAAAGCAUGAUAUCCCCUGGCUCGUAACUUGGGUUCACAAAUACAUGGGUGGGUUGGGAAAGGUUUCCAUGGGUUUAGCACAUUUGAGGGCAUCAAGCCCCAUAAACUCUGGCGUUUUAUGGUUUUCAUGUCUACAAUACCUGAAUUACUUUGAACUCGUUAAAAGAUUUACAUCACACAUUUAUCUGUGAUAUUUUUUCUGGCUCUCAUAUUGCUAGACGCUCUCUGUCUUUCUUCCCUCUCUACCGUCGGCUGAUCCUUGGGAAGUGACGAUAAGAAUCGCGUGGCAACUCAGCAUACGCAGAAGCAAUGACACCAACACAUGUAACUUUAUUUAGCUAGCACUUUGAAGAUAAGUGUUGUACUCGGACAAAGAGGCUCAUGAUGUGUCUGAUACCAACGGUGUCCCACAUGGUAGGUUGGGUAUUCAAGUACAAGACCAAUGUUCACGAAUGGGCGCCUUCGUCACAAAAAAG